AUGGAUAUUCCCACAAAAGCCCUCGCAAACCUACUGGGGCACGGUCUUCUUUCCGAGCUCCGAGAGAUUAGAAGAGCCGUUGGUAACCUGACAAAAAGAGUUGCCCCUUACCGCGAAAUCCGAAAGUCCAUCCUGAACAUUGGGGUAUCAACAACGGGGUUGCCUCAAAGCCAGCGACGAAACGAGGCGGCUUAUGGUGCAAACAUCCGAGAAGACUACUUCCUCAUUAUGGAAGAGAAGGACAAAUCCGUUGCCGAUUCAUGGAGAAGGGUGUUCAAAGACAUAUAUGGGUUCCAGCUCUCGGGCUUGGAAGACCGUAUACCAAUCGCACCGGAUAGGGUUAUCGAAGCGUUCAACAUGUAUGGGAACUGCCGGAUGCUUCACAGAUGGAAAGGAUAUGAUGAGGUCAAGCAAAAAGUAUUGAACAAAUGUCACGAGCUUCUCUUACCCUGGGUGACAAAGACAGAGCCCGAUGAUUACCUCCAGAAUAAGUCACCCAGUUUUUUGCUUUAUAGGCAAAUCAUCUCUCUGUAUGAAUCUGUUUAG